UUCAAACAGUGGAGAGCAAAGGUGACACACGCAGAAUCGUUGUUGAUUGUGUUGCUAUAGUGCGUUUAUCUCGUCAGCUUUGCUUGGCACGAUCAGCGAGGAUUUUUUCCUUCGCCGUUGUUGCAUUUGGGAAGUAACUCUUUAGUUGCCCAGGAACGUAGUUGUGUCUGUGGAAUGACCCAUUUGGCUCCCUGUUUUGCACUUAAAACUAACAGCAACCCUUUGUCUUGUCGUCACGGAACGAUUACGUAGAGGAAUAUUUGGACGCCAACGAAUUGCGCAAUAAAGCUGAUGCGUAACUUUCCAAACACUGACACAACAACUCUACCACGCAUCUCGCAAAUCGACUGUUUACCUCAGAAUCGCUUGAAUCCGGACGAGUUUGAACAGAAACGAAGAGCAGAUAAGGUAGGAGAACACGAAACUCACAUCAUGGCUCAAACAGCGGCCUUGAAAGAACAGAGCUUUGGCCGCCGUGGUAAACGGACGAAUUAUACGUCGGGGAUCUUGCCUCCCAUUUCGCAGAUUUCCAUGGGGGGAAGACAACUCCCGGCGGAAGCGAGUGCAAAGGAAGAAGGCUUGAAGCUUCCUCCGAUUUCCCAAGUGGCUUGUCUCGGGGGCUAUCUCGAUGAAAAACAGCUUGUGAUGAAACAGUCAAAGUCUAGAAUCAGAGACAGCGAUUCUGAGUUUGUAAGACUGUCUAAAGCUGGUGGUCAGAAAAACCUCCUGUGCUACACAGAGGCAGAUUCUUCGCCGCGCGAGGACGCAACGAACGCGAACACAUUUCCACGCUCCACUCGUUACCAUCCCGGGUUCACUUCAGAGGCAGACCCAAGAUGGCGCCCAUCUCAUUGGUCGGACUUUUCGCGACAGAAGCAAGCGAGAAGUGAUCAUAAAUUGAUAUGGAGGCCUGGAGGCUUUUUAAGUAAUAUGGCCAAACCCUUUUACAAGCCUUUGGACAGGCCAGAGAGGGAAGAAAUUUGGUACUGUUAUUACGUUCCUCGUCAAAAGCCAGACUCAAAACCAAUUCAGCGUGUUCCUAUUUCACAAGUGCCGGACCUGACUAACGAGACAACCAGGCUAGUUACUGAAAACAAAUAUCGAAAUGUGGGCAGAGUUUUGGAAACUGAUUCAAAGUACGUGAAGUUAGCCAAAACUGGCGGGCGAAAGAACCUGUUAUGUUAUAAAGAAAACGAACGCGAAAACAGCGGGCCUAAAAGAUACGAAGUAGCCGCGUGGUAUUACCACGAUAGUGACAUGGACAAAGAAAAAGAACUCAGUGAAGAGGAGAGGCAUAACAGAUACAACGUUACGUAUGGGAAACGGUGUUAUAAGAUUUCUCAACUUGAAAAACCCAUUGUAUAUCAGCGUCCGGAUUAUAUGACGCAUUUGGAAUCAGAGGAGUUGAUCAUGUCGCUGGGCGCAUCACAUCGCAUUCCAGAUCGCCCGAUCUUCGGCUUCGACAGGUUGUCGUUUUGGAAGCGAGACGAAGAGGAAAAAUCGAACAAGCUGCCUCCUUUGGUGGUAAACGAGAAUGCGAGGGAAAAAUCUGCGCAGCUGGGCUCUCCCAAAAAGUUUGUACCAACGAAGAAGAAGGUGAAGUUGCCAAAGUCCUCUAAGAAAUCUCAGCUGUCCAACAAUAGAAAAUUGUUCAGUUCAGGUUAUGCUACAGAAUGGCAUGAAAAGUGGUACGUGAAGGCCUUAAAGAAAUGAUUAUUCGACCGCUAAGACUGGGGCUACGGAACAAACAGACAAAGUCAAGGUUUUGUUAUCUAGCGAGUGACCAUUGCAAAACUAGUUAAUGAACAGUCAGAGAAUUCCAGCGAAGAUUCAUUCAGAAUAUUAACCGGAAAGUUAA